AUGAGCGAAGACAAUAAAUCCGAGUCUGAGUGGAGCACUCUCUCAACUCCCGACUCUACAACAGCAGAUUCAGGAGAAGUAGACAGCAUUGCAUCAAUUCGCGCUGUAACUCCCACUCCAUCGACUGAUACACCAGCUGCCAAAGCCAAUUCUUCACAUACUACUACCGAGGAGCCCGUUGUAAAGGUAGAUAUCUCAAAAGAUGGCAAGACCUGCACGGUUGUAGUUGUCCAGAAUGCCAACGUCCAAGGCUUUACUUUGAAUUAUUCACCUGAUACAACAACUCCUGAAGGUUAGGUUGCCACUUUGAGUUUGGCAGAUGAAAAUGUGAAGCAAACUGCAACUGCUGGCUCGAGCGCAAACGACAAGAACAAGCCGACCCCUCGCAAAGGUGAAGGAAAGAAGAGUCUUGGACCAAAAUGGACUACACGUUUUGACGCCUGUUACCCCCCAGGUUUCGUCGAAGAAUUCUCUCUCAACCCAAAUGAGAUCGAGGGCAAGAAUCGUGUGGGUAAGAUGCUUAAGCUACUCAACGAAACUGGCAAAGUUGAAGUUAGAGUAAAUGCUAAGAGAAACCGCAGGGUCCGAUUUCUCAACAAUCUUAAUUUGGCCGCUCUCCAGAACAUCAAAGUGGUCUCGAUUAUUGUCACGUCUGAGUAAGUCUCUACGCUUUUUGGUGUUGUGGCAUGCGGAUUAUGGAGCAUGAACUGACAAUCUAUAGUAAACUUCCCCCCGCAGCGGCCCUGCUUUCCCAACGCACAAACCUACUAUUCAAGGCCCCAAUUGAAGAACUUUCCAUUGAGAUUCGCCAAUCAGACUUCCAACUAGUGGCAACGAUCCUCUUGAAUCUUCGCAAAUCUAAUAAUACCACAAUUCGCAAGUUAUUCAUCAAGCUACUCAUGGACGCCAAGGAUGAACACGAGUUUGCAGAUCUCGUCUCGGAGACUGUCAAGGAACUUAACCUCAAGAAGGUAGGAAAAUGGCCAAAGGACCUUCGGCUUGCUGCUGAAGGAAAAAAUUCGCCUCCUCCUGUCCUUAAGCUCCUUUGGAAGCGGGCUGUAUGA